AAUUUAGAUAAUAUAUGAGCAUGGUUAUCUGAGAAUCGCCACGAAGUGGGAUAAGAGGCUUCUUGGAAGGCCGGGAAGAGGGAAGCAAGCAUUCAAUGGGUAGUACCCUGCUCACUGAUUCCAUCAUCUUUCCCCAUCUACGACGCACCCUCUGUACUUCCUUUUUCGACUCUACUCACGUAGGUGGAUAUCGAUCACUGCGCCCUCGAUUCCUCUACAAGGCUUGCAUCUCUUCCAACACCGACUUAUCCGACUCAGUGGCUCGCCGAAAGAUCAUUACUUAUACCGCCGCCAUUUCCCUCUCCCUCGCUCCAAUUCCCAGAGUCCAACAACCGGCCAAGUCUGAAGAGUCUGUCCUCUCCGAGUGGGAGCGGGUCUACCUACCCAUCGACCCCGGCGUCGUCCUCCUCGAUGUUGCCUUUGUUCCGGAUGACCUCAACCACGGCUUUCUUUUGGGGACGAGGCAAACUAUAUUGGAGACGAAAGAUGGAGGAAACGCAUGGUUCCCACGCUCCAUACCGUCAGCUGAAGAUGAAGAUUUCAAUUACAGAUUCAAUUCAAUAAGUUUCAGAGGGAAAGAAGGUUGGAUUGUUGGAAAACCUGCAAUCUUACUUUACACAUCAGAUGCUGGAGAAAGUUGGGAAAGGAUACCUCUGAGUUCCCAACUUCCUGGAGAUAUGGUUUACAUCAAAGCAACUGACGAAAAAAGUGCUGAGAUGGUCACAGAUCAAGGGGCAAUCUAUACUACUUCAAACCGUGGGUACAACUGGAGAGCUGCGGUUCAGGAGACUGUAUCUGCUACUCUUAACAGGCAUGCUCAUAUUUUCAUACUCGCAGAAUCUCAUAUACCAUCAUUUAUUGAAGAAUUUCAGAAUAUACCUUGCUGAUUGUUCACUGUAUUU